GCCCGGCCGCGAGGCUCUUCCAUCAGCCGCACUUCAACUGCAACAUCAUAGCGAUGAUGGGGACGGCGAAGACGAUCGACGUUGACGCCGUUAAAGCCGGGCUCGAGGCUAGUAUCGCCCGUCACCCCCGCUUCUCUAGCGUCGUGGUAUCAGAUGACCCAGGAAGCAAAAGUUCGAAAUGGGUACCAACAAAAGUAAUCAUAGAUGAUCAUAUAAUAAUCCCAAAUAUAAACCCCCCACAAACUACCACCGCCACCUCAGCAGACCGACUCGUCGAAGAUUAUGCAUCUUCCCUCACUACUACCUCUCUACCUCACUCCCAGCCUUUAUGGGACUUCCACAUCAUCAACAUGCGGACUUCUGAAGCCGAAGCUGUUGCAAUCCUCAGAAUCCAUCACUCCCUCGGUGAUGGUGUCUCUCUCAUGUCGCUUCUUCUUGCUUGCACUCGAAAGACAUCACAUCCAGAUUCAUUGCCAUCUCUUCCUGGGGCAAAAAGACAGAGGGAAACGAACUCUGAUGAUACAGAGACGCCGAUAAAGGGGGUGGAGGGGGUUGAGCUUCACAAGAAGCGGAUUGUUCAUAGGACGCUGAGCCUGGAUGAUAUCAUGCUUAUCAAGUAUGCUGUUGGGGGUACCAUUAAUGAUGUUCUGGUUGGUGUGACAUCCGCUGGUCUCUCACAAUAUCUCAAUAGGAGAUAUAGUAGCACUGCCAAUGGGGAAAAGAAAGAGAACAGCCUUCCAGCUAAAAUAAGACUCCGAACAACUGUUCUCGUUAAUAUCAGGCCUACACCAGGAAUUCAUGCAUUGACUGAGAUGAUGGAAGGCGGGAAAAGUACCAGGUGGGGCAAUUGGCUUGGCUACAUUAUACUAAACUUUCCCAUACUUAUGUAUGAGGACCCCCUGGAUUAUGUUCGCAAGGGGAUGAAGAAUACAGAGAGGAAAAAGAAUUCUUUGGAGGCGAUAUUUACUUAUACUAGUGGUACUCUCAUUGUCAAACUAUUGGGAAUUAAGGCAGCUGCAGCUCUCUGCUACAGAGUUCUACGCCAUACAACUAUAUCAUUCUCGAAUAUAGUUGGACCAAUCGAACAAGUUUCAUUUUAUGGCCAUCCUCUGGUUUACAUUGCUCCUACUGUCUAUGGCCAUCCCCAAGCUGUUACGCUUCACUUCCAGAGUUACAUGAAGAAGAUAAAGGUGGUUCUGGCAGUGGAUGAGCUCUCUGUGCCUGAUCCUCAUCAGCUUCUGGAUGACUUGGAUGAAUCUCUCAAGCUCAUUAAGGAUGCAGUUGUUACGAGAUCAAUGUGAUAUAUAGAAGCAUACUUCAGAUAUACUCAUACACGCGAAGAAAGGACGGACGUGUUGUCUGUGUUGUUAUAUGUUUAUCACAAUGUACAGAAAUUAUAGGACUGUAUACAUUCUAUAGCGAAAUGCUUUUUG